CUCCUGCAUAGUCGGAGCAAAACUUCCUUCUGCAUUUUUUUAAUGGAGCGACACAGCAAUGAAAAAAGCGGCUCUUGCAGUAGUAUGAUGUCAUCAGUUACGACACGACCCAUCAUCGCGAUGCUGUAAUUUUCAGCAUCGAUAUAUAUCAAAAUGUGUUCGUCAUUCCAGACUUAAGAAUCUCAUUUUGUCGGUUCGAUAUUCUUUACAUAUCUCCGUCAAAGUAUCAUUUAUCGUUACACAGCAACGUUACAACCCACCACAACACAGAGAGAACCGCAAUAAUGGCCGACAAGCACCCAUUCGAAUCAGGCUUUCUGCCGAAACCUACAGAGCAAUCAUUCCCUGGAAAGGAGGGCAAGCUGCCAGUCGAGGCUAUCUAUGACCAGCUUCCUGACUACAAAGGUGGUGCUCAGGAUUACAAGGCUGCUGGCAAGCUCAAGGGCAAGAAAGCUAUUAUCACUGGUGGUGACUCCGGCAUUGGUCGCGCAACUGCAUUGCUUUUCGCCCUUGAAGGCGCAGACUCGUUCAUCGCUUAUCUUCCAGAUGAGGAGAAGGACGCAGAGGCGACCAAGAAGCUUGUACAAGAGCGCGGAGCAAAGUGCCACCUUUUUGCGACUGACUUGACCAGUCGCCAGAAUUGCGAGCAGCUUGUGGCUGAGGCUUUGAAGGCAAUGGGUGGCAUCGACAUUCUUUUCAACAACGCUGCCUAUCAGAUGAUGAAGGAGGAUAUUUCUGAACUUUCUGAGGACCAAUGGAUUCAUACCUUCAACACAAACAUCCACCCCUACUUCUACUUGGCAAAGUACUCUUUGCCCCACAUGAAGCCAGGGUCUACAAUCAUCAACAACGCCAGCAUCAACGCCUAUGUUGGCCGCCCCGACCUCCUUGACUACACUUCUACUAAGGGAGCUAUCGUUGCAUUCACUCGUGGCCUUAGCAAUCAGCGUGUCGACAAGGGCAUUCGUGUUAAUGCAAUUGCUCCCGGCCCAGUCUGGACCCCCUUGAUUCCAGCGACCAUGAACGAGGAGGCACAAAAGCAGUUCACAUCGCCGAUGGGCCGACCUGCUCAGCCAUCGGAGAUCGCGACCUGCGUUGUCUUCCUCGCCUCUGCGGACAGCUCAGCUAUUAGUGGACAGACGAUCCACUGCAAUGGUGGUACAAUUGUCAACGGCUAAACGAGUGGCCCGGAUAUAACAGACUCUCGGUGCGCUUGUAAUGAAUCAUGACUUAUGGUACAGGGAAAGGUCUUCCACGUGUACUAUUACAUCAUACGAAUAGGUGGGACUCAUGACUUAGUAAAAGAAUUAAUGCAAAAAAUCUCAAAGAUCACUG